CCUCAGCGCAAGUCACUCCGGGGUGGUGGAGUCGAGAGUGAGCACGGAGCUAACGCAGGAUGGGAAGCAACAACAUCAACAACAGCCCCAUCACUGGCCCAAGACUCGGGUGGUUGCUCUGUACCCUUCUGAUGGUCCAGGGCGUGUGUCUCACCGUCACUUAUCUGCACUUUAACAGCAAGUUGAAACAGAUGGAGGAGACCUUCACCAAGAACAGUAUGAGGUGCCUGACAGAAGACAUUCUCAACCCUCUCGCCGGCUCCGCGGAGGAUGAAGAUCUGAACGACGGCCAGAGUAGCGAGCUGGAGGGAAGGGGUGAAGAUGAAUGCUGGAGAUUCCGAGGGCAAAUCCAACAGCUGGUGCAAGAUACGAUAUCCAAACAAUAUGAAGAGGACAUGUCACUCAUUGUGAAAGGUGAGCUCUCUCGGUUCCUCCCAUACCUGAGGCAGUCGGGAUUUGGGUCGCAGCCGCCUGCGCAGAAAGUCGCCGCACAUCUCGUUGGGACACAAAGGACAAAGGCAGCCUCUCUGAAAGGGUCCACAGCCAAGAAGCUUCAAGGGCAGAAGAUCCAAGCUUGGGAACCCAUCAAAGGCCAGGCGUUCCUGCACAACGUGGAGUACCAGAACGGGGAGCUGAUCGUGUCGCAAACCGGCCUCUACUACGUCUACGGCCAGACCUACUUCCGUCACCGCGACCUGGGGGCCAAUGAGGGCCGCAGUCGGGGGGAGGGGCCGUCCGAUACCGACAACAAGCAGAUGAUCCAGUACAUCUACAAGAGCAGCGCCUACCCCGAGCCCAUCCUCCUCAUGAAGCACACACGCACCACCUGCUGGGCCAAGAACGCUGAGUACGGCCUGCACUCCAUCUACCAGGGCGGCCUUUUCCACCUCAGAUACAGCGACCGGCUAUUUGUGGCCGUCAGUAAUGUCAGCCUCAUCGACGUGGCUGGCGGCUCCAGCUUCUUCGGGGCCUUUCUGGUCAGCUAGUCGGCUGGAGAUGAACAUGAGGGUGCUCCAUGAGCCCCGGUGCCAAUUGCACGUGAUCUUGGUGGAGGAAGGUCACUUGGGAACGGAGGGACUGAACCAGUUUGAUAUCGGUAUAUUAGUGUCACGUGUACCAAAACACAGUGAGAAACCGCUGGUUUACCUCAAUCUAAAUCAGUCGCAACCAAAAGCCACCCCACCAACAUAGGGCAACGCAGCAGGUAGAGCCGCUGCCUCACGGCGCCAGAGACCCGGGCUCCGUCCCGACCUGGGGAUCUGUCUGUGUGUGUGGAAUCUGCACGUCCUCCCGAGACCUCCGGGCGCUCCUGUUUCUUCCCAUGUUCAAAUUCAUGCGAGUUGUCCCCAUUGUAAAUUGUCCCCCUCCACCACCACCUCCGCCUCCCUCUUUCCAUGGAGGUCUUCUCCUUGGCCACACUUUGUGAGGGGCUUACCACGUCACUCACCCCACCCCACCCCAGCCUGCCCGCCACAGAUGACCCCUUGACAGGAGACCAGCCCCCCACGCUUUAGCGCCCAGGAUCUAAGGCACACACAGGCUUCUCCACACAACAGGGUGGUUACCCUGGUGGACGUUGUUUCUACCAGAUGGACAAUAUUGAUUGUUGGUGUGUGCGUCCUCUCGCCAGGGCAGUGGGGGGUGGGUAUAUGGAGUGAGGUAAACCCUGUCACUGUGCAUCGAUGAUUGCCCCUGAAUAACAUCGAACAGUACAGCACGGGGACAGGCCCUUCGGCCCACAGCCCCUUGAAGUGUUUCUUUUCGUCAAUUCAAUUUUAAUUGUUUCCCCACCAUUUGUUUUUGGGGAAUCAAGAGGAAUAUGGUGCCUCGUAUGGGAGAGCAAGGAAUUGGGGCUAAAUGAAGAGUUGAACAGACACAGUGGGAUAAAUAGACUCUCUGUGCUGGGUUAGAACAGGCCUACAUUAUCCGUGUCAAACAUGCUGCCAACUUGAACCAUCCUCUUCUGCCUGUACGCGAUCCAUACCCUUCUUCCCCUGCCUGUCUAUAGCCACAUGCACUGAGCCUUCAGAUGUAGCACUCUGUAUAUAUACGUAUAGGAUAACAUAUUUUUUUAUUGCAUGGACUAUGCUUUGCAUUUGCAUCUGGGCAGAUGUUUCUUCUGCCGCAGCCUCUGAAUUGGCAGAGGUAGGUGAUUCCUGCGGGUGCUCCGAUUUUCUCCCACAUCAUAAAAUACUUGCGGGCUUGUCGCCCUCUGUGAAUUGCCCCUCUAGUGUGCGGGCAAGUGGCAGAAUCGGGGACAGGAAUUGGCAGGGAUGUGGGGCGAAUAAAAUGGCAAUAGUGUGAGUGCUCGAUGAUCAGCGCAGACUCGGUGGGCCGAAGGGCCUCUCUCCGUGUUUGUUGCUUUGAAUUCCGUAAUCCCUGGCUGAGAAUGUAAAACAAUACAGCACUGAAACAGGCCCACAAUGUUAACUAAUGCCACGAUGCCAAGACUUCCCCAUUCUGAAGGCAGGUCUCGACCCGAAAUGUCAUCUAUUCCUUUUCCCCAGAGAUGCUGCCCGACCCGCUGAGUUACUCCAGCUUUUUGUGUCUGUCCAAGUUAAACGAAUCUCCUCCGCCUGCAUGUGAUCCACAUCCCUGCGUAUCCUUGUGCUUGUCUCAGAGCCUCUGAAACAGAAUGAGGUGAGAUGAGGAGGGUGCUGAAGAAUUAGGCAACAUUUGCCCAUUGACCUGCGUCGAGCCACGUCGUUCCAUCUUGAAGUCCCUACAUUGGGGAGAUGUUGACUUCUUGCUUUAGGGUGGGGUGGGGUGGGCUAGUGACCUUCCACCAUCUUGCCAGCUGCCAAUGUACCUGUCCAAGUCUUUUAAAUAUUGCUAUAGCACCUGCCUCUUCUGGCAGCUCGUUCCAGACAUGUGUGAAAAAGUUUCCCCUCAAGUUCCUAUUAAAUCUUUCCCCUCCCAACUUAAACCUAUGUGUUCCGGUUCUUGAUUCCCCUAUCCUGGGUAAAAGACUGUGUGCAUUCAUCCUAUCUAUUCCCCCUCAUGAUUUUAUACACCUCAAAGAUCACCCCUCAGCCUCCAAGGAAUAAAGUCCUAGCCUGUCCAACCUCUCCCUGUAGCUCAGGCCCUCAAGUCCUGGCAACAUCCUGGUAAAUCUUCUCAGCGCUUUUCCCAGCUUCAUGUAUAUUUCCCACAGAGGGGGUUUAACGGCUGUAUGAUUAUUACCAGUAAUCCUGGGGAUUUGCAUAAAGCCGUCGCAAAUUUGAAAGACAAAUUUGGUUAACCUCUGUUGAUUUAAACAAUGACAUACUUGAUUAAGUGCGAACAAACAAGGAAAGAAAAACUCAUGGUCAUGCUAAUUGUAAUGGAUCAUGACAGCAACGCUGGUGACGUCAAAGAAACAAAAGUGACAAAAGAUAUAUAAACACUCAAAUUUUUCAUCCACAAGACAUUUCCGUUCAGAGUCACCAAAAUUACGUUUUUUUAAUAAUUAUUGAUAUAAUUGCCUUUUUGUUAUUAAAAGAUUCUAUGAAUUAU